AUGAAGCUCGCCGUGACAGGCUGCAACGGCAACAUCGGGAGGCGCGUGUGCAUGCUCGCCCUCAACGCCGGCCAUACAGUGCACGGCAUCGACAGUGCCCGUCCGUCCGACCACCCAGCAUUCUUCGUUCACUCCAACUUUGUCUUCUCACAACUCGAUCUGCGCGACUACGCCCAGACCGUAGACGCCAUCACGGGCUCCGACGCCAUCAUCCACCUCGCCGCCAUCCCGACCCCGACCGACUACCUCGUCCACACACACAACACGAACGUGGUCAUCUCCUGGAAUGUCCUGCGAGGCGCCGCAGAGCUCGGGAUCAGACGAAUCGCGCAAGCAUCCUCUGUGAACGUCGUCCAGCUCGUCUGGAGCAAGCAGCCGACGUUGCACUACCUCCCGCUUGACGAAGACCAUCCGCGCGAGCCCGACGAGCCAUAUGGGCCUCUCCAAACUGUGUGCUCCCUC